CGAAGAGACCACAACUACAUGCAGGCACUGCAUUUCUUUCAGCUGUGUCACUGCUGUGCCUGUUGCAUUUCCUCUUUGCAAAGGGUUGUGGAAACUGAGGUGAACAAAAACGUCCUCGUGGUUUCUAGUGUGGCAUUUACACAGUAUUAGUAAUCAGGAUGAAGCCGGACACCAUGUUCUUUCUGCUUUCUGAUCGUCCUCAGGCUGUCAUAGUCACAGAUCCCCCAGCCUCAGUGAUGUUCACAGGAGAAACUGUUAGCUUAGCUUGUGACAUCAGGAAAGGGUCUGGCUGGAGAUAUUCAUGGAGCAGAAACACCCAGGGAAGAUUAGAGGGCCUCUAUGCCCGCAGUACUGAAAGCCAACAAAAGCACAUCCUGCACUCUGUAAGAGAGUCAGACAGUGGAGAGUACCUGUGUCAGGUUGAACGAGGACAAAACCCAGUUAUCCAGUCUUUCCCAGGAACACUUGUGUUGAAUGUGUCUGGGGAAAAGCCAAUGCCUGUUAUUACACAGAAUGCCCCCAGUGGAGAAAUUUACACAGGAGAGAGAGUCACCCUGAGCUGUGGCUUUGGGGGAGAUCCUGCUGGCUGGAAGUAUCUCUGGUACAAAGACACACAGAGACACACUGUGCCCAACACUGACAGCAGCAGGACUGAUGGGUCUAGUUUCACCAUCAGCUCUGCUGCUCUGGCCCACAGUGGAGAGUACCGCUGUAUAGCUGCAAGAGGAAGAGAACCUUUUUACUCAGACUACAGUGAUCCUCUGACUUUAGAAAUAUCUGCUCUCCCACAAGCUCAGCUGACCGUGCAGUCUGGAUGGGCAGACGUCUUCCCCACUGAAACAGUGACUCUGAGGUGUGUAAUUCAGAGCAACUCUACAGAGUGGAUGUAUAAAUGGUACAGAGAUGGACGGGAGCUUCCUGUAGACAAGGCUGACUCCAACAGUUCCUCCGCCACCUAG